AUGUCCGGCCCUAUUUUGAAAGUAGCUAUCACCCAGGCUCAGCCCAAGUGGCUGGACCUGGCUGGUAGUGUUGAGAAAACCGUCAAUCUCAUUACUGAGGCAGCAAAAGGGGGAGCAAGGCUUGUCGCUUUCCCUGAGUGCUGGAUUCCAGGUUAUCCAGGAUGGAUUUGGCAACGGCCAGUCGAUCCGAUCAUCAACACGAAAUAUGUACAAAAUUCGCUAGCUGUCCAGUCCGCCGAGAUGAAUAAAAUCAAAUCGGCAGCAAAGGCCAAUAAUAUUGCAGUUGUACUUGGUUUCGUUGAAGCCAUCGACACUCACAGCGUCUACAUCGCCCAGGCAAUUAUCUCUCCAAAAGGCGAACUUCUGAUGCAUCGCCGAAAACUUAAGCCCACUCACAUGGAACGUACCGUUUUCGGAGACGGCUCUGGCUCAGACCUCACCAACGUUGCAGACGUUGAUUUCGGCGGUGAUAUUGGUGUUGUCAAGGUCGGAACUUUGGCAUGCUGGGAGCAUGCACUACCUCUACUCAAGUAUCACACAUAUUCACAAAAGGAAGAGAUCCAUAUCGCAAUGUGGCCGCCGCUGGACCCCCACCCUGGCGUUGAGGCUCCGGCAUUAUGGAGUAUGAGUACUGAAGGAUGCCAGAAUCUUAGCCAAACGUAUGCUAUUGAGGGUAGCACUUACGUCUUGCACUGCACAGCCGUAUGCAACGAAGAGGGAAUCGAGACCAUGAAGACGAAGGGUGGCCUUCUCUUCCAGGAGCCAGGCGGCGGACACAGUGCUGCAAUUGCCCCAGAUGGCCGUAGGCUGACGAAGCCAUUGGCUGACGGAAAUCCCGCCGCCGAGGGUAUUGUGUAUGCCGACUUGGACAUGGCGAGAGUUGUUAUGAACAAAGGCUUCAUUGACGUGGUUGGACACUAUAGUCGUCCUGAUCUCUUGUGGUUGGGAGUUGAUAAGUUCCAAAAAGACUGUGUGGUGCCUAAGAGAGAGCCUGAGCAAGAUGCGUGA